UUUUUAAGUUUAUAAUACUUUAACUAACAUCAGUAGUUUCACCUCAGGCCUACCAACGAACGGAUUGUUAUUUUGACCAAAUUAAUGCGUAGUGCAAUGAUCUCUGUAAUCCGAACAUCUAAACUUUGGAACAUCUUUAAUUUUAAUUUGAAAUUUUCUUUUCUCAUUAAAUAAAAAAAAAGAAGAAAAAAGGCCCAUGGUGGAACCAAAUCCAAAAUUUCCAGAAACACUAGAAUGGCAGAAAACCGAAGAGCAAACUAGGGAGAGAAAUGGGUUCAACGCUGAUGCCCUUCUCGCUUCUCUCCGCCACUCCAAGCCCCUCCAAAGCACGAGUCACCUCAUCCCCUCAUGUCCUAAACUCCCCAUCUUCAAAACCUGAGCGCCUGCUGCAGCUGCAACCUUAUAGAACUUACAUUCCUUCUCAUGUCUACUGUCACCCCUCUGCUAUCCUUCUUGAAAUAUGCUCAGACAUGAGAGAACUGAACCAAAUCCUACCUCUUGUAAUAAAAAACGGUCUCUAUAAUGAACACUUGUUCCAAACUAAACUAGUGAGUUUGUUCUCCAAGUUUGGUAAUUUGGCGGCUGCAACCACUGUUUUUAAUCCAAUUGAAGAGAAAGUUGACGCCUUAUAUCACACCCUUCUCAAGGGUCAUGCUAAAUAUUCGUCCGUUGAUGAGACCAUAGCGUUCUUUAACAGGAUGAAGCACGAUGAAGUGCAACAUGUUGUUUACAAUUUUACUUAUUUGUUGAAGACUUGUGGGGAUAAUUCAGACCUUAAAAGGGGGAAGGAGAUUCAUGCUCAGUUGUUCUGUAAUGGGUUUGGGUCUAAUGUCUUUGCAAUGACUGGGAUUGUGAGUAUGUAUGGGAAAUGUGGUCAAGUUGACGAUGCAUGGAAGAUGUUUGAUAGAAUGAUUCAGAGAGAUUUGGUUGCUUGGAAUGCAAUUAUUGCCGGGUAUGCUCAAAAUGGUUUGGCUAGGAGAGCUUUGGAAUUGGUUAUAAAGAUGCAAGAGGAAGGCCAACGACCCGACUCCAUUACAAUUGUCACCACUUUGCCUUCAUGUGGAGAUUUAGGGUAUUCUAGGAUUGGCAAGUCAGUUCACGGUUUUGUUAUCAGGGCUGGGUUUGCAUCAUUGGUGAAUGUUUCGACUGCCCUUGCGGAUAUGUACUCAAAAUGUGGGUUGGUGAAGACUGCUCGAUUAGUUUUUGAUAGGAUGCGUAAUAGGACUCUUGUUUCAUGGAAUUCAAUGAUUGAUGGCUAUGCCCAAAGUGGACAUUCUGAGGAAGCCAUGGUCGUUUUGCAGAAAAUGCUGGAUGAAGGUUUGAAACCCACAGACGUUACUAUUAUGGCAGCCCUGCAUGCCUGUGCUGAUUUGCGGGAUCUUGAACGGGGAAGUUACAUCCAUGAAUUACUGAACCAAGUUGGGCUUGGGUCUAAUGUUUCAGUCAUGAACUCUCUGAUUACCAUGUAUUCCAAGUGUAAGAGAGUAGAUAUUUCUGCCAAAAUAUUUGAAAACCUGCGGGAAAAGACUCUAGUUUCAUGGAAUGCCAUGAUAUCAGGUUAUUCCCAAAAUGGGCAUGUAAAUGAGGCUCUCAAUUACUUCUGUAAGAUGCAACAGGAGAAGAUAAAACCAGACUCUUUCACUAUGGUGAGCAUUAUUCCUGCUAUUGCAGAUUUAUCAGUCUUACGCCAGGCAAAGUGGAUCCAUGGACUUUCCAUUAGAUAUUGCUUGGAAAGGAAUGUAUUUGUGAUGACUGCCCUGGUGGAUAUGUAUGCAAAAUGUGGUGGUCUUCCCACUGCACGCAAACUCUUUGACAUGAUGCAAGACCGGCAUGUGACGACUUGGAAUGCCAUGAUAGAUGGAUAUGGAACACAUGGACUUGGGAAAGCUGCUGUUAAACUGUUUGAGGUUAUGCGUAGGGGAGUUAUCAAGCCCAAUGAUGUGACGUUUCUAUGUGUGCUUUCAGCUUGCAGCCAUGCUGGCUUGGUGGAAGAUGGGUGCCGUUGCUUCACUAUGAUGAAGAGUGAUUAUGGCAUAGAGCCUGUGGUGGAUCAUUAUGGAACCAUGGUGGACCUUCUUGGACGUGCUGGCAAGCUUGAUGAGGCUUGGGACUUCAUCCAAAAGAUGCCUAUUGAACCAGGAAUAAGUGUGUUUGGGGCCAUGUUGGGUGCUUGCAGGAUUCACAAAAAUGUUGAGUUGGGAGAGAAGGCAGCAGAAAGACUGUUUGAUCUAGGCCCAGAAGAAGGUGGGUACCAUGUGCUCUUGUCUAACAUAUAUGCCAAUGCUUCAAUGUGGGAUAAUGUAGCCAAGGUGAGGACAAUGAUGGAGAAGAAAGGGCUUCAGAAGACCCCUGGUUGCAGUUUGGUUGAGUUGAGAAAUGAAGUCCACACAUUCUACUCCGGCAGCACAGACCAUCCGCAAUCCAAAAGGAUAUAUACAAAACUUGAAGUACUGGGAGAUGAGAUCAAAGCUGCUGGUUAUGUACCUGUUACAAAUUCAAUACAUGAUGUUGAAGAUGAGGUAAAGGAACAGCUGCUCAACAGCCAUAGUGAAAAGUUGGCCAUUGCAUUUGCACUCAUAAAUACAAACCCAGGUACCACCAUCCACAUUCGAAAAAACCUCCGUGUUUGUGGUGAUUGCCAUGAGGCAACCAAAUACAUCUCACUUGUGACUGGGCGAGAGAUCAUUGUGAGGGACAUGCAACGGUUCCACCAUUUCAAGAAUGGAACCUGCUCCUGUGCUGAUUAUUGGUGAAGUUUCUUCAUAGAUGACUCUGAGAGAGUGUGGUCCACUGUUGUAGAUAUCAGGAACUCGUUCCCCUUUUUCCAUUUCCAUGAUGCAUCUACAUAAGAUGUGUUUAUUGGGAAUCUUAGAUUUUCAGUGACAUCAGACAGAAGUGGAUGAUCAUACCAGAGUUUUGCAGAGUUGAAGGCUAGAGUACCAUGAUUGUACAGGCGGCUCACACUUCAGAAGUCCAUCUAGCCAAUGUUGUACCAGGAAAUGUAUUUCCAAGUUAUUGGGAUUUGCAUGCUGCCGGCAGGUAAUGGCAUCUACAUGCUGAGCCAAUUGAAGCAUGGGAGGGGUGCUUCAUGGUUCAUAUACCGGGGGGCCCACAUGUCAAGGAGGAGAGAGUGCGAGAGAGCCGUACGCAACUGUAGUGUGUACAAGCUUUUCCAAUUUUUUGUUUAUUGAAGAGUUUUUUGUUUUCCUCUCUUGUGCUGGUUCAUGUUGUUACAACUGAAAAUAUUUUGUAGGAAUUGUCUUAAAAUCAAAAGAAAAUUAUAUAAAUAUGGAAAACUCUAAAUUAUUUUACUCAAAAGGAAUACAAAAAUCUGAACAGCAACCUCUGAUUUAAUUUACUAGAUAUUGUUUUCCUUAUAAAAAAAGUGAUGGUAUCUUGGUCAAUCAUACUAUUGCUUUCCAGGGGGACUCUUUGUCUGUCAAUGGGUGCUAUUGUUUUGCUUGUUUAGCCAUGCUUAAUUAUGCGUCCUUCGUCAUGUAAAAUAAGAAAAAAAUAAAAAAUAGAUUUAUUACUACAAAUUGAUUCUCAUAGAAAUAGAUUAAAUAUACUUUUUAAUGUAAGACUAGAAUGACAAGUGAUCCUAAUCCCAUGCAAGAUCUGAAAAAAUCUGGCUGAAUAGGGAGUCUCAACUGAUGGCUGGUUAGGAAGUUGUGCUCGAAUAAUGGAAAAGGAAACUUUAUGGAGUUCUGUAGUACCAGCAGCUAUAGGCCUUGAAUGGUCUUCAAACUGAUCUUUUGAUGGUGCUUCUAGGCUUCAAAAAACUUGCUUUGAUCACUGAAACACUCUCUCAGAGCAAACAAAUAAAAAAGGAAAAGAAAGAAAAGAAAAUUGAUGGAUGGUUGAGAAGGGUGGAAGAAGAAUUAGUGAAUGGGCAUCUCAUCCCUCAAGGUAAUAGCUAUCUCAGCCAUGAGUAAAUACUCAAUUUUCUUAAACUUCAAUCUUUUUUUCAUUAUGUUCAAUGGACUUUAACUAGCCUUACAUAACUUGGACAUAAAGCACUAGCAAAAAAAGGAAACUAAUGGACUGAAAUAAGACUUUCUAAUUUGUGUUUAACUUGCUAACCAAGCUUAACAAAAUUAGAAACUAACAACUGAGAUUACACUUUUGUUUUAUUUCUCAGCAUGUACCUCACAAAACUUUUGGUUCCAUUUCUUUGUAUUUAUCCUCUGGUAGUCCUAGAUCAGAUAAUGUAUUUUCUAUUUCCCUGCUGUGGGUCCAAUAAGAAUUUUGUGGGGGACUGUAAAUCAAAGUUUAGGAUAAUCAAAAUGUUUUGAUAGAAUUUGAUAUAGGACUAUAUUUGGAUCUUGUCUUGUUUUUAUAGGUGCAAUAUAAUUAGAAUAGGGUGCUUAUGAUUUAUGAAUUUGAUGCUAGAUUGUAAGGGAAGCCUAAUCUUUCAACAAUAAAUGUUAAGAUACCUGAUGCUGACAGUGAGGCCAUUGCAAACGAGAAAUUGCCAAACACUGUUUAUAAUGGCUACAAGUCAUGUGCAGAGGGUUGUGGACCCUCAGGGAGAAUAGAUUUUCAUUCUCAAAGUCAAAGAUUCUCCAACACCUCAAUGUUGCUGAUUGGUUGUAUGCCAACAUAUUUUUCGGUUACAUUCUUGAUUUAUUGUAAUCUUGGAUUGAAACUAAAAUCAUUUCGGGGUUGUUCUUUUCGUUCAUAGUGUCUUUUAGUGGGAAAAAAAGAUGACAUUAGCUUCCACCUCCCCCUUUUUUUUUUUUAUAUUUAAUGGGUAACAAAAAAUUUUAUUGUGAAGGGAGAUGGAAGAUUACAAGAACAGCACGAAGCAUAAAAUACAGCAGCAAUUGAUGGCUGAAGCGAAAGACCAUCAGAAAGGGACUAGACCAUAGAGAAGGACCAAGUUACAAAGAUUGCAUAGAUUGCCUGGAGAUCCCCCUCCUUGGCCAGCUCAUCUUCUAUGGAGUUAGUAGAAUGCAGUCCAAGAAAACAAGAAGUUCCCUUAAGAGCAUCUCCUAAUCAGAUGCAUAUAGAGCCAUGGACUAGUUGUUUGUGUUUGAAGACAUCUCCUCACCAACUGUGAAUUGUUGGGGUUGGGUAUUCGUCCCCAUCAUGAAUCACUUUCAACAAUCGCAUCCGACCACAUGUUAUUCAAACCGAGACCAACCUCCCUCCCUUCCCCUCCCCCUAUGGGAGUUUAUGAUUCAUUUGCUUGUUUGUCAUCAAUGCUUGUUUGUUGGUCUUCUAGAACCUGCUUUGCUUAUGUUGAUAUCUUAUUUUAACAUGUUUGUUUCAUUGAAAAUUAUAUUUCUAUCCUUAUUGAUGUGUUCUAGUUAAGACAUGACACUACUAUCUCGGGUUCUAAGAUAUCAAUGCCCAUUAUGAUUGCUUGAACUACCAUACGAAAAAAUGGCACAUCCUGAAGUAUCCCCUGUUUCCUUAAGCUUGUACUCUCGUCAAGUUUGAGUAAGGAAGAAAUAUAAAAUGUUAAUGUGACCUCAUGAAUACCUGUGUCUGGUUAAUAUCAAGACUAGUCUAAUACCUUUCUAGGUUUUGAUUUGUGUAUGGGUUGAGUUUGGGGGGGGGGGGGGGGGAGGUGGUUUACCCACUGUUCAUUCAACUGAGUUCUGGAAUAUGAGUUUUUUUUCAGCACUUAUUUGGCUUAUGUGGACUUCAAACUCAUUUGAGCACUAGAAAUUUUUUUUUUCUGAUAAGCUGAUUUGCCUGUUCAUGUUUGGAAGAUAUCACGUACUGACUAAAAAAGAUCUACUUGAGGGAACUCUUCUCUUCCUUGCUGAAGUUUUUCAAUUCGAUAAGUAGUUUGAACUUGUUGCUGUUAUCAUUUUGAUUAUUUGCCCCCAUGUCUUCCUUUAAAUCCAGAGUGUAGCCACCUUGAAUUCUCUGAGCUGAGAACAUAAAAAGAGGGAAGCAGAAGAAACCAAGGUCAAUACCCCUUGCAACAGCUUGGUAAGGGUGGUGGUGCCUCUCAUGGUAUGCUGAUCUUGUGGGCAUGUGGCAAGUGGCAACGCAGGAUCUCAAGGUGUUCUUACAUGGAUCUUGCCUCACCAGAUGAAGGCUUUGUUGACAGGGUUAAUGCAUCAGAAUUUAUUUUUUCCUCCUAUGGAUCCAUCGAGGAAAGACGAUCUUCUGGGAUGCACUAUUGAAAUAUCCUAUAAUUCGGAAGAUGGUGUGGAUGUUGGAAAAAGUUGUGAGAGUCCGACUCGUGCAGAGUAGUAAUGGGAGAGUGAUGGUAGUCAAUUUGGAAGGAGAAGCAGUUGCACUCUAUUCUGAUCCGGGGUUGUCCAGGGUCACUGUUGGCAUCAAGAUCCAUAACCAAUUAUACCUAGGGUAUAAUGCCAACACCUAUAUCACCUCAGUCCAUCUCAAUAAACUUGUAUAAAUCAUCUCUGGGAUGGUUGAAUGGUUCUUGCAUGGAAGGUUUUUAUAGGAGUAUUGUUUGUACCAUGUAAUGGGUAAUUAGUAGUUAGUGUUAAGAGGGACCUAGUAGAAAUUAUUGAAGUAUGUGAAAGUAGUGGACUGUAAGGGGAGUAUGUGGAGUAAGAGAUUGUAACUAUGUUGUAACCACUUUAACCUAUGAAUAAUUGAAAUAUGUUUGAAAUAUUAUAUUUUCUCUAUUUUGAGGAGGCA